CGUUUGCCUGAAUGGGGGGAAAAGCCGCACGUCCAGCUGACAUUUGACGCACAUUUUACGCGCGCGCAGCCCUAAAAUAAUUACUAGUUUAGCGCCCGCGGGUGACUCCACGGGCUUUGGUGGUUCACCUCCGUGGAAGGGAGGUGCAGCACGAGGGCUGCAGGUGACCUUGUGGAGGCCGGAGCCACGUAAAUCUGUAUGAGGGAGAAGGAAGGAUCCACCUGCUGAAAUAUGCAUCAAAGGCUCCCGUUUGAAUUCAUGUCCGCAUAUUGUGUAGAGGCGAUCGAUCUGUGGAGGCCAGGCAGGGAUGAUGUGAUUAUUGGCUUCAUUAUAAUGAAAUAAUCAGAAGAUCAAUGGGCUGGAUCUCUGCUCGCCUUGUACGGGAUUAGAAAACGUGUUUGGAUGUGCGCGUAAAUUAAAUGUAAUUUGGACAUAAUCUGUGGGAACACGGUUAUUGUUGUUGUUAUUAUUAAAGGGGUGUCACGUGGAGCCCCAGAACUGAAAAAUGCCCAACAGAAGGGAUGAAAAAGAAAUAUUUAUCAGGGGAUGGGGUGUUGAGUUUGUGUGUAUCUGCGUGCAUAUUUGAGUGUGCGCUGGGGGUGAAAGGGGCUCGAGGCAAGAAGGGGAGGGAAGAGGGGGUAAAAGAGAGAGAAGGAGGAAGGGGUGGGGGGUAUCUCGCAGUCUGUCUCCCGGUCAGAGCGCUUCGCCGUGCCAGAGUGCGUUCCGGCUGCGCGGCGUCGGACAGAAACCACCGGAGUUUUCACGUCUGCCCGUUCUGAUCGGCGCGCGGGGGAUUUCUGGCACGCGGGAGACAGCGGCCGAUGGAGCAGCGGCGCCAAAGAAAGAACGGCACAGCCUGAGAGGGACCGCGCUUUCUCCGCUCCUCUUCCUCCUCAACUGAAGCGAGGAGGAGAAAGCCGAGGACUGGCGAACUGAUUGAUAUGGAUUCCCACGUUUAUUUCUCCAUCGAUUCCUGCUUAAUUAGUGACCCCUGCUAGAGAAAGAGGGAGAAAGACACGGCGAGAGGAGGAGAGGGAGGAGCGAAAGUCAGACAAGGGGUGCCUGCGUAAAAGCCUUACUUUAGAAUUCCACUCAUUUAACCAAAUAAUCCUUUUGCUUUUUCUUCUGUAUAUUCUUCAGUGGACCAGCCAGCUACAAACCAAAUCUUUUAGGAGAACCAAAAAAACACAAAGAAGCACUCCAGUUGAACAGUUUUCCCAUUUUUACUUACGGAGAGGACCGACGCAGGACGGGCUUUGAACCUUUGAAUGAGCGCACAGGAGCUUCAAUCCCUCUUCAGCAAAGUCAAACCAAAUCUGAGCCGGAGUCCGAUCGCGGCGCGCAUCUGUUCUAGAUCCGCAUGGCUGAUGUGAUCCCGUCCAGCAGCCAGUCACCCUGCGAGCUGCAUCCUCCUGCACGGAGAAACUGCUGUAGCUUUAUUUGUACCCCCACCAACUACUGAGAGAUGUGAAUCUGUUGAGACGCAGAAGAGAAAAAAAAGGCAAAUACUUCGUUUCUUCUCCUGCGUCCAUCCUCUCCAGCGUUUACGCACACCUGGAAGAAAACAAUAAUAGAAGAAGUAGAGACAGGCCAAAGAACCACGGCAGGACGACAGACCGGAGGAGAGGAGAAAGUGAGACUCAAAGAAAAGACAAACAAAAAAAAGCAACGGCCACCAGGUCGACAGAGGACCAUGUUUGUCCCCCUGCCGGUGCCCUUCGUCUUUCAGAGAACAGCGUCCGACUUCAGCGCCUGGAGACUCAAGUCCUCGCUGGCUCCGCGGUCCAGCCCCGAUAUUAAGAUGGCCAAAGCAUCAGGGGAGGAGAAGCCUGGAGUGGACUACCCAGGGGAUAGUUCAGACUCUGACAGAAACAGCCCUGAUGAGCAGGUUCAGACGAUAAAAUCCAGCCCCUACAGCCUCUCGCCCUCAUCAACCGGCACCAAGGGAAAGAGUGAAGAGAGAUCCGAGAUGACGCACGGCAUCGCGCCUCCCUCCCAGCAGCAGCAGCAGCAGGCUCAGCACCACCACACCCAGCUGAUGCUCGCUGGCAGUCAGCUAGCAGGGCUUGCCGCUCUCCUUCCGGCCCAGCAGCAGCUGCUCCUUCAACAGGCUCAGGCUCAGCUUUUAGCGGCGGCCGUUCAGCAGUCCAACGCCGCCCAUGCCGCUCAUGCCGCCCAAGCCGCUGCACAGCAGCAAGCUAACCAGCAGCAGAACCAAACGCAAUCCCAGCCGCAGCAGCAGUCGCAGCAGACCAAACAAGAGCAAGCGGUGCAGGCCGCUCCGCCACAGCUGGCCCUCUCUCAGCCGAUCCAGCUCACAGCACAGGACAUCCAGCAGCUGCUGCAGCUCCAGCAGCUGGUUCUGAUGCCUGGUCAUCCCCUCCAGUCUCCUGCCCAAUUCCUCCUGUCGCAGCCGACGCAGGCUCAGCAGCAACAGCAGGGUUUGCUUUCAACUCCCAAUCUGAUCCAGCUACCUCAGCAAAGCGCAGCAGGACUGAUAACAACCCCCCCUCGAAUGGGACUCCAAGCACAGAGAGACAAGAUCAGCGAUGCGGGCAGCAGCGGCGGCGGGGGUGGGAGUGCCGCGGUUCCCGGUGGGAGCAGCAGCGUUGUGACAUCUGCUGGAGCCACCUCUGCAUCCAGCAGUGCCAUGGCCGCCUCCUUAUCCUCCAGCCUGACCCCAGCAGGUCAGGGGCCCCACAUGGGUGAAGAGCCCAGCGACCUGGAGGAGCUGGAGCAGUUCGCCCGCACCUUUAAACAGCGACGCAUAAAGCUGGGAUUCACGCAGGGUGAUGUCGGCGUGGCCAUGGGGAAGCUGUACGGCAACGACUUUAGUCAGACCACUAUCUCCCGCUUUGAAGCUCUAAACCUGAGCUUUAAGAACAUGUGCAAGCUGAAGCCGCUGCUGGAGAAGUGGCUGAGUGACGCAGAAACGAUGGCUGUGGACAGCAUGCUGCCCAGCCCCUCCUCCAUCUCCUCCCCCUUGCUGGGCAUAGAGGGUCUGCCAGGACGGCGCCGGAAGAAACGCACCAGCAUCGAGACCAACGUCCGAGUGGUCCUGGAGCGCAACUUCAGCACGAACCAGAAGCCCACAUCAGAGGAGAUCCUGCUGAUGGCUGAGCAGCUCAACAUGGAGAAGGAGGUGAUCCGCGUUUGGUUCUGCAACCGUCGGCAGAAGGAGAAGCGCAUCAACCCGUCCAGCAGCACCACCCCUCCUCUGCCCAGCCAGACUUCGCCUGUCGUGACGCACAAAGCCCCCUGCUACAGCCCACACAUGAUAUCGAGUCAGGGUCUGUCCCAGGUCACCACCAGCCUCAGCACAACAGGCGCCACCCCCUCACCUUCAGCAUCCUGCCCCAUGACUCCUGUCAGCUCAGCCACCAUCUCCUCUUCUGUGACUCCGCCUCCUCAUAGCACAGCCAGCCCGGCCCCGCCCAGCUUUGGUAGCUCAGGGCUCAACACUGGGAACACAAUGAUGGGAGUAAGCACAGGGAUGAACCAGGCCCUCAUUGGCAGUAAUCCCCUGGCUACCAUGCAAGCGCUGGCAGCCAGUGGCGGGCAGCUGCCUCUCUCCAGUCUUGAAGGGGGUCAGGGUCACAUCCUUCUAGGCGGACCUGGGGGCGCCGCUGUUUCCCCUUCUCUUCGCCCCUCUCUCUUCCUCAACCGCCCCGGCCUCCUGCCCAUGGUGACCGGCUCCAUGGCGACAACCUCCACGCCCACCAUGGGGUUGGUCAGCAGCAGCGCCGGCAGUGGGUGUGGCCUGAGGCCCUCUUUUUGCCAGUCUCCGCCCACUGGCACCAGCAACCUCAUGAGCCCCACUCUGUGCCCGGAGGAGUCGGUAUCCCCUUGUUCAAGCCCCGCCUCUUUCUGUUCCUUCAGCGAAGCUUCGCCACCCACCUUGGGCGGGACCAUGGCCGACUGAUCGCUGAGUGACAGCCAAAGAGCCUUCUCUGUGCUGAAGGAGGAGGAGGAGGAAGAAGAAGAGCAUCAAUGGAGCUUUAAGAAUCUAAAUCUACAACCUCGCCUUUCAACCAAAGCCAUCUCUCUGUCUGCUUCUCCCUGGUUUGGCCUCUCUCUGGGUUCCUCCCCACUGAAGUCUUCUGAAGCCAAAAAUUGUACACAGACGGAUGAGGGGGAGGAAGAGGAGAGAGGAAGAACGGAGAAGAUAGAGAGAACUGCUGAGCAAGGGGGGGACAGACAUGAAAACCAAAUAAUUAUCUUCACCUGGAGAGGCGGAACUGAAAAGCAUUUUUGCCUGACAUUUAAAAAAAGAAAAAAAAACGUAUGACCUGCUUUUAGAGGCUGGAGACAACAGAAAAAAAUGUGAUGAGGGCAGGGAUGAAGACUGUGUGUGAGAAACGGGAGGCGAGGAAAAGACUGACAUGCGUCCGGAUGGUCACAUGAUGCUUGAGAGGAGGAUGCCUGACAGGAACACACACUUGUUUGAUGUAAACCAAAAUCUCCAAAAUACCAAAAAACUGAAACCAAAAAGACAACAACAAACGGAGAGAAAAGCUUUAGUUCCAAAAGACUUUUACUCGUGAUCUGUCCAGCUCUUAUUCAUCAUCAUUUCAUACAGGAUUGAUUUUGUUUUUCCAUUUUUUAGACAAAGAUUUGCAUCUAUUUUUCUAUUGUUUUGUACUCAUCAUUCAUUGGACGUUUGUUACACCUGAACCCAGGAUAUCUACCUCCCUGUCUUUGCAACUUUUAGACUGAUCAUCCAACUUUACAUCACAACAAAAGCAACAGAUCAGUUCACCUCUAUAAUGACAGCCCACGUUGAACAAAGUAACCUAAAAAUUCUCUCCUGGGAUGGUUGGUGUCAUUAUUCCCAGGGGUUUUAUGUUUUUUAAUUAAAAAAAAGGGAUUUUAUCAACCAAAUAUUCAUCCUCAACAUUCACCUAAUGUCUGAAAACCAAAGUAUGGACUCCGAAGUAUGACACAAAGAGUUUGCUUACACCAAAGGCAAAAGAUUAUGCUUUCUUUUGCAUUGUUUUCUGUCUUUGAUUUGUUCCCACUCCACAUCACGCCAUCUUCCAGACCGCUCAUCUUCUCCCACCAGACAGUCACUCUCGGAUACCAAAGCCUAACCUCUGGCAGCGUUGUCUCUGGAUUCGCCUGGAGACGAGUGUCCAGACAAACCUCAGCAGUGUCAAAGGAGAAACACACACACACACACAUGUCCUGCAAGCUUAACAAAGACAAAAACCAAAAAAAAAGAACAAAAGGAGGAGGUGAAACACCAACGUUCCCCAAACUGCCCCCAAACCCUGCCCUCCCUGCAUCCCUCCCAUCUGCCCCUCUCCUUUGUCUCCAAAGAUCACAUCAAAGGGCCAAAAAAGAGAUGAGGAGGAGAAGGAGUAGCGGUCAGGAGCUGAGGAGCCAAAGGUUGGAAUAAGCUGCCGGGAGGGCGGGGGGAGCGCAGGACAAAAGAAGAGCGCUUGAAGCAGCGGAAAAAAAAAAAAAACACCAAAAAGUAACUCAAAACCCAAAGCUACUUUAACUGCUACUAGUAUGAAUGAUUAAACUGUAAGCAAACCAAAUACAAACCACGAGGGGGGGAGCUGGGGAGAAAAGGGGUGAGUAAAGCCCUGUCUGUCCGUAUUUAACUGUGAUUGCAGUCCUCGUGUCAACAGACAGAACCGCUCCCUCCUUCCCUCCCUCUGCCGACAGCUUUCUUCUCACUUUCCUUUCCCGGACAGACGGAGUAAGGAGUAACCUCAACAAACUGACUUUAAGAAUAUAUAGAUUUUGAUUUGUUUUCUUUGCGUUGUGCGUCUGUUCCUGAUGUCUGGGUUCGUCUCAUUGGUUUUUGCUUGUGAAGGAGGAUGGGAGGUUUUCAUAUUUGAUUGUGCUCCAGGUUUUUUUAACUUUUCCUUUGCGCUAACUGUAAAAAUGUAGCUUCCAUGAUAGAAAAAGACGAAAAAAAAAAUACUCUUCGGUUCAUACAGAAUGUUUUACAUUGAGAAGCCAAAACUGAAAACCAAAAGCAAGUUGUUUAUUUUUUACAAACCAAAUACAACAACCUGUUGACCAAUGCACAAGCUGUGUGUCAGAUCACGUUCCUGCAUGAGUGCCGAGAUGAUUCCUCCAGCUUUCACCGUCUCACUGAUCCCUCCUCUAUCUGACCCCUCCACUCUCAUUUGGAUCAGAUCAGACUGAAUGCAUCUUCAGCCGCCUGACUGACGAUGAAAACCAGCACGUUUUUGCCCAAAUGUCCCCCAUCUUUUGGGAGAAACGAUCGGAGUGAUUGGAAGAGACGUGAAAGCAAAACCAGCUUUAAGACAAACUUCACACCAUAAGACAUGUUCAUCCACUCAUGUUUUAUCCUUUGACCCGAGACGAUGGUUCGAGAACCAAAAGCUUUAAAACUCCUCACAGGUUCCUUGUUGGAAAAAAAAAAAA